CAAGAUUUUCGAACAUCAUGGCAUCCGCAGCAUCCAAGGCCCCAUCGGCCACGUCGAUGAACCUCGACGACCUCGACGAUGACGAAGACCGCGAUGGCCACAGCAGCAGCAGCGAGAAUGUCCGCCGACUGGCUGGCCUCGCAGCUCGGGCUGCGGCGCAACGUCAACUCGAGCAGCGACGGCCACCGCAGCGACGACAGCAGCUCGCUCUCGCUGCCGCACUCGUUCGACAACACGCCCAUGUCGACGCCUGCCGCAUCGCCCGCGCCGCCUCGCAACGUCGCCCAGUCGUUUGACCUGGCGCUGCGCACAGCGCUACCCACGAAGCUACCGCCUCGGUCCGGCGUGCCACACCGCACGGACGAGACCAUGCGUCGAUUCUACGAGAUCCAAGUCGACAAGGUUCGCGGUCAGCUCGCGAUUGCGCUUGAAGAAAAGAAGCAAGCGCAGGCCGCGCUGAGCACCGAGCGAAGGUCUUUCCAAGAUUCGCUUGCCUCGCUUCAAGUGCGGUAUCGCAACGAGGCGAGCCAGCUACAGACCGAGAAGACAGCAUUGGAGACACAGCUUCGCAUCCUCGAGCAUCGACUCAAAGCGGAGAAAGCUCAGUUUUUCGACUUGCGCAUUCCCGAACCUUUCGCAAAGCAGCUCCAGCGCCAGAGCCACGACGCUCUCACGCUGGUCGAAUUUGUUCAAAUGAAGGCGUUCGAGCUCGUCGAGCCGGCGAUCGCGGCCACGGAGGCAGCCAACCGCCACGUCGCGUCGCUGACAGAGGCCAACACCAGCCUCGAAGCCAAGUCCAACGCAUGCCAGGCCGAGCAACGCACAUGGCAGCGCAAGUACGACGCGGUGCAACGCGAGCUGGAACUGUCCGAGACGACGCGGACCGAACUCGAGCGACAAGUCAAGCAGCUCCACGCCAACGUGCAGGAGCUCAACGCCCUGCGCACGCCGGCGACACCUGCACCAGGCGUGCCGGAGGCCGUCGCGUCCCAGCUUCGCGAGCUUGAGGCGCAGCUGGCGCUUGCCGUACAAGCGCGCGACGCGAGCAAGAUGGAGAAGGAGCAGAUCGAGCAAAAGCUGUCGCUGGUGCUCGUCGACAAGGAGUACCUAGCAAAGGACAACGCACGCCAUGAAGACAAGGUUCGGCAGCUCCGGGACGAGCUGCAAAGCACGCAGGCCACCGUGCGCCGUCUCGAGCUCUCGAAAGAGACCUUUCUACAGCAAGUCAACGACGCCAGGGAAGAAAGCAAGACCUUGUUCGAGGUGUUCGAGCACCGCAUGCACGUGGAGCUCACGAAGCUCCAAGACGUGGCGAAGAAGGAGAUGGACGCUUUGCGGGACAGCGGCAAGACGCUCUUUGAACGCGAGAACCGAAUGCUGCGCGACGCCCGCCAGGACGCGCAGCAGCAGCUCGAGCAUGCAAACAAGCGCUUUGCCGACCUCCAGCGCGCGUACGAAGACAAGGUGCUCGAGCUCACGCGCCUCGAUGCGCAGUUUACGACCAGCGUCGCCGAAGUGCGCAACGAGCUCAAGAUCAAACAUUUCGAGCUCGCGCAAUUGAGCCGCAACUAUGAAGAGAAAUCCCAGCACCUCCAGCUCGCGCACUUGGAAGUCGACAUGCUCAAGCAAAAGGUCGACGUCCACAAGGCAGAAUUUCAAAAACUCGAGAUGCAGUCGGCCAAGGAGAUGGCGCAGCUGCGACUUGACGUGGCGAGCUACCGCGACAAGCUCCGCGCGUACGAAACGUUGGAAGUCGACAUGGACCACGCGAUUCUUCAAGCGGGUGCACUUCCGGAACCCACCGAUGACGCGACGGCGUCAACGUUUGCCAUGAUCCCGACGGCUCCAAAACGACGCUUUCAACAGAGCGUGCAGCUCGCUCAGAAAGUUGUCCAGUGUGAACAGACGAUCCAGCGCAUGAAGAGCGAGUACGCCUCGCUGGAGAGCGCGCGGGACCAAGUCGCUCGCGAGCUCGACGCUGCGCAACGCCAACUGGCCCACAUGCACCAGCCACAGGAAUACCUCAUUGAAAAGCUCAAGGGACUUCAAGACGAGGUCCAGGCGCGGCAAAACCAGGUUACGCAGUUGCAAGCGGCGCUGCAGCAACAACAAGCCGACGCCAACGAUCUCCUCCACGCCAAGCUCUCGCUGCAAGCGCAGCUUCAGCAACUGCUCAGCCGCCGCCAUGAACUCGACACGUUAAAGACCAUGACGACCGAGCCAGCGACACCUGCGAUGGCGCCAAAGUGGUAUCAGAAGCUGCGCAGCGCGCCGGUGGCCUCGCCGUAACCUCGGUCGUUGACAUAUGACAAUUAUGUACACAAUUGUCGCGUUCAUCAAGGUAGGAUUACGUCCAGAGACGGAACGUGCAGUCGGAGCUCGCACUCGCCAUGUACCGUCCGACCGGAUCAAACUUGACCGACUAGAAACCACGUACAUGAUGAGAAAAAUACAAGAAAAUACAAG